AUGGACGACGAGAGUGCCGGCUGCGUCUCGCUCCUCGACCUGCCGCACGACGCGCUCUCGCGCAUCGUUUCGCACUGCGCGGCGGCCGACCUCGUCGCGGGCGUCGCGCCCGCGUGCACGCUCCUCCGCUCCGUCGCGUGCGACCAGAGCCUCUGGGAGGACCUCUUCCGCGCGCGGUACGCGCCGCUGCUGGCGCGCCUCUUUGGUGGCGAGCCCCCUCGCGCCGCGGCGGCCGAAGCCGGCUGGCGCGCCUUUUACUACGCCUUUCGAAGGUCGUGGCCGGCGCUGGCUGCGGAGCGGGGCCACGUCGUGCUGCAGCUGGGCGAUCAGUACUACGACGUGACCACGUACCUCGACGACCACCCCGGCGGGCCCGAGUACCUGUCCGACGCCGCCGGCACCGAUGCCACGGGCGCGUUUGACGCCGUCGGCCACUCGGUGCGGGCGAGGGAACUGCUGCGCCAGUUUGCGCUCCCGGAGGAGCUCUUCUCGGCGGCCGACGGGGAGCCGCCGCCGCCGCCGCCGCCGCCGCUCGAUGCCGGCAGCUGGUCUUCGGCCGCGAGCCUCGUGUCGGACGCGCUGCACGGCCGGGAGGGGCGGCAGCGCCUCCGCGAGACGGCGGGCUCGCUCCUCGCCGCCGUCUGGGCCGACCUGACGGAGGGGCGGCCCGACCGGCGCCGCGUGAGCCCCGCCGUGUGGCAGCUCGCGGUCGCGCGCAUGCGGGGGGGGCGAAGCGUGCGUGGCGCGGCGCCUACUGGGACUGAUGUCAACUGA